UCGGUGUCUCGUAGUUUAAAAUGGCGGCGUUGAGCAGCGCCGAGUCCCCACCGGCCGUCUUUAACGGAGAACCGAUGGCGCACGACGCGGAGCGGGAGCCGGGGCCGGGGCUGGGGCCGAGGCCGGGGCUGGAGGCGCUGAGCGCGGGGUUCAGCUCGGUGUGCACGGCGUGUUCCGCGUCCUCCGAGGCCGAGCAUCGCCACGACAUUCCCGAGGAGAUAUGGAAUAUCAAACAGAUGAUUAAGCUGACUCAAGAGCACAUAGAGGCACUUCUGGACAAGUUUGGUGGUGAACACAACCCUCCAUCCAUAUACCUGGAGGCUUACGAAGAGUACACCAGUAAACUCGACGCUUUACAGCAGAGGGAGCAGCAGCUGCUGGAGGCCAUUGGGAAUGGCACAGAGUUCUGCUCCUCCCCAACUCCAGCACCGCUGGAGGUCAGAUUGGGGGUGACCCAGAGUGCUGCUGCAACCCCCAACACCUUGGCAGUAUUGCAGACCCCGACGGACGCAACCCGCACUAAUCCACGUUCGCCCCAGAAACCCAUCGUUAGAGUCUUUCUGCCCAAUAAACAGAGGACGGUGGUUCCAGCACGUUGUGGGAUGACCGUAAGGGACUCAUUAAAGAAGGCUCUGAUGAUGCGAGGUCUAAUCCCAGAAUGCUGUGCUGUCUACAGGAUUCAGGAUGGAGAGAAGAAGCCCAUUGGCUGGGAUACAGACAUUUCUUGGUUAACUGGGGAGGAGCUUCACGUUGAGGUUUUAGAGAAUGUUCCCCUGACAACCCAUAAUUUUGUGAGGAAGACUUUCUUCACUUUGGCCUUCUGCGAUUUCUGCCGGAAGCUGCUUUUCCAGGGCUUCCGGUGCCAGACGUGUGGCUACAAAUUCCACCAGCGCUGCAGCACUGAGGUGCCGCUCAUGUGUGUCAACUACGACCAGCUGGAUUUACUAUUGACAUCCAAGUUUCUGGUGCACCACCCAAUCACCCAGGAGGAGGUGUCAUCAGAGGGCACCACCCCGGUGUCAGAGGUCUGUCCAUCUAUCCCACCAUCUGACUCCACAGGGUCGCUGUGCCAUCCGACCGUGUCCCCGUCCAAAUCCAUUCCCAUCCCGCAAAGUUUCCGGCCAGGGGAGGAAGACCACCGUAAUCAGUUUGGCCAGAGAGACCGCUCUUCCUCAGCCCCCAACGUCCAUAUCAACACAAUCGAACCAGUCAACAUUGAUGACUUGAUUCGUGAUCAAGGUUUACAGAGGUCUGAUGGAGGCUCCACCACUGGACUCUCGGCUACACCCCCUGCCUCCCUACCUGGUUCCCUGACCAAUGUGAAGGUGCCACAGAAGUCGCCGUGCCAACAGCGGGAGCGCAAGUCAUCAUCCUCAUCUGAGGACCGCAAUAAAAUGAAAACAUUGGGCCGACGGGACUCCAGUGAUGACUGGGAGAUUCCAGAGGGUCAGAUCACUCUGGGCCAGCGGAUAGGAUCUGGAUCUUUUGGAACUGUCUACAAGGGAAAGUGGCAUGGUGAUGUGGCAGUCAAGAUGUUGAAUGUCACUGCUCCCACUCCUCAACAACUACAGGCCUUUAAGAAUGAAGUAGGGGUUCUCAGGAAAACUCGGCAUGUCAAUAUUCUGCUCUUCAUGGGCUACACCACCAAGCCACAGCUGGCCAUCGUGACACAGUGGUGUGAAGGCUCAAGCCUCUACCACCACUUGCACAUUAUCGAGACCAAGUUUGAGAUGAUCAAACUAAUCGACAUCGCCCGCCAGACGGCCCAGGGCAUGGACUAUCUACAUGCCAAGUCCAUCAUUCACAGAGACCUGAAGAGCAACAAUAUCUUCUUGCAUGAGGAUCUGACGGUUAAGAUUGGUGAUUUCGGUCUGGCUACAGUGAAGUCACGCUGGAGUGGAUCACACCAGUUUGAGCAGCUGUCAGGCUCAAUCCUGUGGAUGGCUCCUGAGGUGAUCCGACUGCAGGAUAAGAACCCAUACAGCUUUCAGUCAGAUGUCUACGCUUUUGGUAUCGUCCUGUAUGAGCUCAUGUCUGGGGCGUUGCCUUACUCCAACAUCAACAACAGAGACCAGAUCAUCUUCAUGGUGGGCCGAGGUUACCUCUCCCCGGACCUGAGCAAAGUGCGCAGCAACUGCCCCAAAGCCAUGAAGAGACUCAUGGCUGACUGUUUGAAGAAGAAAAGGGAGGAGCGACCUCUGUUCCCUCAGAUCCUAGCCUCUAUUGAGCUGUUGGCACGCUCACUACCCAAAAUCCACCGCAGCGCCUCAGAACCUUCCCUCAACCGCGCUGGCUUCCAGACAGAAGACUUCAGUCUGUACGCCUGCGCCUCGCCAAAAACACCUAUUCAGGCUGGAGGCUAUGGGGAGUUUUCAGCUUUUAAGUAGUGCUGAUGACUCAAACGCUCAUCCCUGGUCACUUUUUCAGAUGUCUUGUGUUCCUACAGUGAGUUCAUCCUUAAAACCGAAAAAACCCACCUAGUCUCAAAGAAUGUGCUGUUUUUCUUCUUCUUUACCCAAAAAUCAAUGGUAUUGAAGGAAUCACUAUUUUAAAAAAAUUAGUUUAAAAAAAAAAAAAAAAAAAAAAAAAAAGUCUCAGCUGGGUAUCACGGCUGAUUAAAAAAAAAACCACCACAACAACCCAAAACCAGGAAAAGCGCAUAAAAUACAAAUGACACUGAUUUGCAGGAACAUGAGGAUGGCCACUGGAUGAAAGAAGAGGACAAAUGAAGGAAAUUAAAGUCUUGCUAUUAUGAUGGAACUUAAUGACGCCCCGUCCACUCCUCACAUUGUUAUAAGUUAGCGUUGGCCAAUCAGAGUGCAGGACCAACACUUUGACCAGUCGUGUGAUUCUGUAUUUGAGAGUGCCCCGCCCUGCUCAUUGCUCAUAGGGUGGCAUUCAAGCCAGAAGACUUGAAUGUCAUUUAGUUUAGAGACAUCCAGUACAUUCCUUCAAGUUAAAUUAUCAGAAGUACUGACAACACUUCUGACUAUUUUCGGAGUUAUCCAGUAUGGCCCAAGCAAAUAUUCUGUUUAAUAGGACAAGGUUACUGUGAGAAGCAGCAUGCUUUAUUGUCAGCUGGAACUGGUUUUCUUUUCUUCAUUAUUUCCCCUGUUCAUACAUGGUUUGUGUGAGCUAAAUGAAAGGAACUCUGUCUCGGUGUCACACGGAAACAGAGUCUGGAACAUUGUGUUACAGGUUUUACCAAACCUUCAGGUGUCACAUGUUCAUUAAGUAAACGAGCUGCUUCACUUUUAGGUGAAUUAAGGGACGUGUUUGAAAGACUGCUGAAGUAGGAUCGGUUUAUGGAUAGCAGUUGCUGAUUCUCCAUCAGCAUGUUUAGUUGCACACUGUAGAUCUUUUGCGUCGUGUCUGAAGCGUAUGUUGUUGCUGCUGCUACACUCACUGUGAGGUGGCCGUGUGAAAUGUUGCACUCGCAGACGUCCCCAGGCAAAAUCUACGCUUCGUCUUUUCUUCCUGGCUUUGACUACAGACUUCGAUGGAGGCACGCCAUCCUUGGAGACUAAACAUUUGAAGUUUGAUGCGUCUUCAUUCCAGUGUGUUUGGUAUUAAAACAGUUAUUUUUAUGUUGUUUCAUUUGUUUGCUUGGACAGGCAGGCCUGCAAAUGUAGAUUUAUUUAUGUAGCUUUAAUUUUAUUGUGUGUGUGUGUUUUUUUUUUUUUCUCUUCACCUCUCGGAGGGGGUUAUUUUUAAGUGUUUGUUUUCUGUGAUUGCGUAAAUGGAUGAUAAGCUGUGUGUCCUUUGCACUUUUCUAAAGCAGAUUGAUGCAAACAAGCAAUUUGCCUUUCUAUGGACAGAACAUUUUGUCAGAGCGUUUAAAGCAUGACUUAAAAAAAAUCUCAAUCACAACAGGAUUUAAAACUACACAUUAUUUAAAGCUACACAUUAUGAGAUAUGGCCAAGGGUAUAAAGCUAAAUUUAAAAAAACAUUUGUGACACUGUGUUGAUGAAAGCCUUUGGUUGGCUAUUUCUGAUCUAAGACACAACGAAUGGUGUAAAUUUGUCUGCCCUUGUAUUGCAUGAGACUACACAUUUCUCAGUGUCUCAAGUAAAGCUACAGAUCCUCUCAGUGAUCCUCACACAGAUUGACUGAAGGCUACAGUUACCCUGAUUCUUGCACUCUGUUACAUAGUUCCAUAUAAGGACUUGUACCUAAUGGCCUAUUUUUAUUUUGAAGGAAUUUUCUUUCUCUCUUUUUUUUGAUUGUGCUCUGUAUUAAGUCAUUAAGCAGAAAGCAUCGACGAGGACGUUCUGAUUCUGUUGGAUAUGACCUGCUUGGUGGCCUGAUACAUUUUCAGAUGUUUAAAUGGACUCCUUCUUGCCCACAUGCCAUGGACUAUGUCAAUCCUCAUUUUAGUCGGCAUACACAAAGUGGCAAGUUUUUAAGAGUGCUGUAUUUAUUUUCAAGAGUUCCUUAUUUUAUAUGAGAAUGUUAUGAUUGCGCUCUGAUUGUGGCACACUUGGGGAUCUUUUUUUUCCUGUUUAGGGCCUGCUAAAACUCAUUUCCUUCUCACACCCUCCUUCUCCAUCCUCGUUUGUUUCUUAGUUGACUCCCUCGUAUCUCCUUUUGUUCCUUUGCCUUGCCUGCACCUUAAAGUCCUAGUAUAAAUGAACUCAACCGAGAACCAUCAUAGAAGCUUUUGGGAGACUCUUUUCACUUGUAAAUAGCUGUACAAAGAAAAUACUGUCUGUUUGCUAGGAGGCAUGGAGUUAAAACAAACAAUGAAAUGAGUUAUACAAUGUUUCCAAUGAAGAAAUAAAGGUUAAGAAAAGAGAUUUUGAUAGAUGAAAUUCUGAAAAAAAAAUCUGUGUAAAAAUAUUUAAGACUGUAUAAUAUAAAAGGAGAAAGAGCUUAAUGUAUUUGUUGUGAAUAUGAAAAACUGAUAUAUUAAAGAAGUGCAUGAAAACCUGGAA